UAACAAAAAAAAUCAAUUAAUUAUUAAUUAAUUAAAUUGAAAAAUAAUACAAAAGUCAAAACAACUUAGAAAACGAAAAAAAAGCACUAAAAUUAAUAAUCAAUUAAAUUAACAAAUCUGCACCCUUUAAUCAAUCAAUAAUAUCUUAAAAUGAGCUCGAAAACCUCAACAUUACGCAGGAACGUUUCAGCUCUUUCUUCAUCUGCAUAAGAAAGUUCUUCUUAGUAUUUUGCCUCUUCUUCAUCUCACUUAGAUGCAGCCACAAUUGAGUCACCUCAGCUUCUGAAUUUUGAGGCAUCUGUGCCUUUAGAUGAUGUGACCACUAUCAAUGUAAAAUCAAGUAGAAUUUCUUCUAAGCAAAGGGGAUAUGAAAAGCCCAGAGUUGCUAACAACGAUUAUGAAGAGAGCGAGAAUGCUUUUUACGAAAGCGAUACCUCUAACUGGAGCUUGACUGGAAAUAACCACAAAAAAACUACUAGCAAAAAAUGCAUCGACAGUAAUUAGCAUAAAAGCUAGAAAAAAACAAAGUAAAUUUAAAAGAAUAAAAAAUCCUUACAAGAAUCUUCAAAGUAAUCAGAAAAAAAAUAUGGUAGAAACAAAAAUAUUAAAUAAAAUAUACCAAUUAGAAAUUUUGUUGUGUAGGAAAUAUUUUAAAAACAACAACAACAAAGUCAAAAUGUGCACAUUUUGGGAGGAUUAAUUAUGAGCUAAAAUCAAAGUGCUCAAAAGCAAAGCUUCUCCUAACUACCAUAAAACAACUGCAAGUCAGAGUAUUAAGAUUAGAUUAAUUUGUAUUUGCAAAAAGGAUAAUCUUAGUAAAUUUUAGACCAACUAUGUGAAACUCGCAACUAAUCCUGGAGCGUCAGCACCAAAGCAUCUGAGUCCCAAGAAGAAAUAAUCAAGUAAAAGCAAGAGGAAGAAGACCAAAGAAUCUUAAAUGAAGAGUCAGAAGACGACGAAGACGAUGAUGAUGAAGAGGACAUAGACAUCUUAUUGCUCAAGAUUCAACUCAUACAAAAGUUUUAGUAAUAAAUGAAUAUUCUCUAAUAGCAAUAACAACAACAACAACAAUAAUAACAAAACUUCUAAUAUCAAAAAUAACAAUAAAAUAACUAUUAAUUUUCUUAUGCUCAGCAAUGUUAAAACUAAAUGUAAAUAGAAUAAACCAAUAUUUCCUCAUAAAAAGCCUGCUAAAAUAUUUACAACUAAAGUGCUAUCAACUCAAGUGAAUGUAUUGACCAUGAAAUGUAUCUUAAUAAAUACGCAUUAAGUCAGCAAGAUGAUGACAGUGAAUUUUCAAGUGUUAAAAAAUAUCCCAGCUUCAUAGAUUUUUGA